GCCCGCCACCCAGCGAGAGGAGGAUCGGCUGCGCUCCAGUCAGACCCGAAAGAGCAACCCACGCUCAGUUGCUCUCGACCCGUGGCACGGUAUCUCUCCCGAUCGAUCGUCGCCGCCUCAGCCGCCGCCGUGCUCGAAGCUAUAUCCUUCGUACUGUGGUUGCUUUCAGUUUGUAUAGGUUUCGUGCCCUGGAGGAACCCGAAUCGGAUACGUGGUGGUGCCAAUGACCCGUUCGGGCGACGAGAGGUGUUGCGUGAUAGUGGCUGCUUAGACCUAUUCCAGUGAUUGAUUGUCGGAGUUCAAUUUGCAGUGUGGUUGCGAUGGGCCCAUAGUCUGCAGUUUCCUGUUGUUUUGGUUAAAAUGUAAACAUCUCGUCACUUGAGACCCAAGGCUGAGUUCGUUUCGCCCUGAGAACUGUCCAUGUCGUUGAUCUUGCUCUGCCAGCGUAAUCUCAUCUUAUGUGAUAAGACUCCAGAGGUCCUCGAGACGUAACCGAGGGUUAGAACUUACUUAGAGGAGAAACGUGUAGUGGCCAUAAAAAGAAAAUGAAGAUAUAAAUGAUAUACCAGAAAGCCGUCAGGACGAAGUGCUAGUGCUUGGGCUGAGACAACUAAAAAAGAGUGAGGGGGGGAAAGAAGAGAUAAGAGAAAGAGAAAGAGAGAGAGAGAGAGAAAAAGAGAGCGGUGGUAGGAGGGUUGUGAAAUUACUGAGUUCUUUUUCCUAUUCAGUGGUACUUUUAACCAAAUCUUCCGGACAGUAGUAUCCAGACAAAAGCCUCAUCUUUGGCACAGAUUUAAAUGGGGAAAUGAGGAGAACAGGAGAAACAACAUCUCUCUCCAAGUGCUGUAGUCUUGAAGACCCCAGACGAAAAAGGUUAUCGGAGUGACCUCACAUCCGUUAAUGUAUGAGAAAGAGGGAAAUGUACUGAGCUUAGGUUCGUCCCAAUAGUCAUCCUCGCACGAUAUAUGCUUGAAUAGGCGAAGUCGCCUGAAGAGCGCGGAGAGGAGGCCCUCCAAAGUCAUCGUUUCCUGACCCCGCUGAUCGAACUUUGAUCUGAGAAGUUGCCCUGGGGGCGACGGCCGCUGACCUGAGGACACAGGCGUCCGUGGCUGCACUGCGCCGAAGGAAGUCUCCCCCCCAAGAGCUUUCAAUUCAGCGAACAUGGCGGAGGAAAGCAAAAUUAACAUGGUUGGAAUGAGACAGACUUGGGCAUCCUUCGGUCGUUGUCUGGGCAAGUUGUGGCAUGUCAUUCUGCUCUUCCACUUCAUUCCAACCGAUACAGGGGCACAGUAUACUGUUUCUCCAUCAUCUACAGAAUCGGGCGCUUGGGUCGGGGUCGAGAACAACACGAUGGUGAAUGUGAAGGCUCAGCUUGGCUACACCGCUUUCCUUCCAUGCUCAGUUCGAAUGAUUGGAGACAAACAGAUCUCCUGGAUUCGUCGAAGAGACUGGCACGUCUUGACUUCGGGCGUCUUCACCUACACAAACGACGAGAGAUUCACCAUCACGCAUCGGGACGGAGCCGACGACUGGACACUUUCUAUCAAGUACCUUCAGGCACGCGAUAAUGGCACCUAUGAGUGCCAGAUAUCGACUGGCACAGGAAUUGUGAGUCAGUUCGUCAACCUCAACGUCAUAGUUCCUGAGGCUUUUAUUCUGGGUAACAGCGAGUACCACGUCGAGACAGGAUCGCCCAUCAAUCUCUUCUGCAUUAUUGAACAGACGCCCAUCCCGCCCCACGUCGUGUACUGGAAGCACAACGACCGCCUGCUCAACUACGACAACAUUCGAGGGGGAGUGUCGGUGACCAUCGACCACGGAACCAAAACCUCUUCCAGGCUGGUGAUUUCUGGCGCAACCACCAAGGACUCCGGAAACUACACUUGCGAAGCUCCCAACACUCAGCCGGCCAUCGUUCACGUCUUUGUCAGCCAAGGAGACAAGACGGCAGCGAUUCAGCGCAGAACCUCAGGAUCGGUGAGCGUCAUGCUGGCUGAACUGUGGGUGGUCCUACCUGCUCUAACAGUCAUGUAUUGGGUAACGAAGGACACCUCUGCUCUUUUAUAGUGAGGCUAUUUUCAGCCAUUCUCAACUCACGUACGUGGUUGGCCAAGAGGCCAUCCAUGAUCGCGGCGCUCAGUGUCCGUAGUGAGUCUCAGAAAAAAACAAAAAAUAAAAUAAAACAAACUAUAAUAGUCUGGUGGUCCCAAACACCGUCUCCUAUUGCUCACGUCACGUUUAAAGAAAAGGGGUCAUAUGAUUAUGAAGCCUCUUUAGAUUUAGGAGCAUCUUUCUGACUGUCCUCGGGAGAAGAUGAGAUAUAAAAAAAAACAACAAUUAGGUAGCUAUUAAAUAGUAAUGUGCAUGUUUCAUGAUUUGUGUGCUGCUAUGAGCUCUUGAGUGAAAAAAGGACGAAUUGCAAUUCGAAAUAGAAAAGUUGCAAGUUACUUUCUACCCGUUAUUCAGUGUUUCACGCAAAACAGGAUGCACAGAAGAUUUCUGGAAGAUUCUGACAGACCCAGAAAAGUCCCCGUUCAUUAAAAAGGAAAACCGGUGUCCACAUAAGACUUGAUUCGGCGGAAGUUUUUUUCUAGUAACUUUGGGCAUACGCGUUGUCAUGCCCAGAAAAGACGGGUCAAUAUUUUCUCUGAGUCUGUGUUUAUGUAAAUUUGUUUUUAGACUAGAGCUGUUUUGUAAACCAUCUAAACGCUCAUAUAUAUAUAUCAUAUGCACACAUAUAUUGUGUGUUGUGUGUAAAAUGUGUGUAUUUAUGUAUAUAUAUGUAUAUAAAAAUAAUUUAGCCUUUCUCUAUUGAGAUAUUUAUUUCAUGAAGAUGUGAUGUCAUGUCCAUAGCCCAUACGAGAUACAAGCUUUCUUUGGAAGAUGAUCUUUUAUCUAUAUAGUUUGUGUGCAUUGAAACCAUUAAGUACGCCUCCCGUAUAUCUCUCACGUGUGGAUUCUAUUUGGAAAGUACUCUCUACGUGUAGCAGAAGGAACGUCAUUUUCACUGUAGUUCUCGAGUUUUUAUACCGCUAUUUUAAAGGUCUCUCUCUCUCUCUCUCUCUCUCUCUCUCUCUCUCUCUCUCUCUCUCUCUCUCUCUC